GUGUGUACGCAGAGUCAGGCGUAUGUGUCAAAGUAGCGAUAACAAUAAAUGGCAUUCUGUUUACGUGCUACCAUUGAGGUGUAUUUUGGAACAAGUUGUUCGUCAUUGUAACCAAAAUAACCAGCAUAAUGGCUGUGUGCAUUGCAAUCAUUGGCAAAGACAAUUCGCCACAGUACAUAGCCACAUCGGAUUUGGAUAAGGAGCUUGAGCUGCAGUAUCGUGUUCAUGCCGCAUUGGAUGUGGUCGAAGAGAAAUGUGCCGUUGGACAAACACCCUCACAAGAUUCAAGAGAUUUAUACAUUGGCUUGCUGUACUCAACGGAAUAUCACAAAAUUUAUGGAUAUGUGACAAAUAGCAAAAUCAAAUUCAUCAUUGUGGUCGAUUCGAGUAAUACGGCUCUGCGAGAGAAUGACGUUCGAACGAUGUUCCGUAAUUUACACUCUCUGUACACAGAUGCCGUGUGCAAUCCAUUUUAUGUGCCGGGCGAACCAUUAGAAUCAAUCAACUUUGACAAGCUAGUACGGCAAAUAAUGACUGGCACGGUUUAGAGAAUUCCACGCGGAUCAAAGUCAUCAAUCAUUCAGCUGAUUCAUUGGAGAAAAUAGUCUUUUGAAAACUACAAUGCAGAAAGACUAAAAUUAGAAUUGAUAAAUAAAAGCCGCAAACCACUUUGAUACAAAACAACCAUCCGAUCGAAUCAAUUAUGCGUUAAAAUGUGUACGCAGAAAAGACAAAAAUUUCCAUAACAAAAAUCUAUUGUAAUCGUUAUUGUAAUUUAUAACAAAAAAUAAACCAAAAUAAAUAUGCAAACUAAGCAAAUGAAAACACCGUUCGAACGAA